GCGCCUCGGGCGCCUCGGGCCGUGCGCGUGCGGACCGGCGGACGGGACCGGAGCUCGCGCUCAGCUCGCCAUGGCAGGGCCGUGCGAGUACGUGCUCACCUUCAAGCCCCUAUGGCGGGUGCUCUCGCUGUACGCUGCCUGGCCGCAGAGGGUCACCAAGGGCGGCCGCCUGGUGCGCUCUGGCUGCUCGCUGCGCAGCGUCUUCACCGGCCUCGGGGUGUGCCUCUCCUGCUGGCGCUCUUGGGAGGCGCUCGUCUUCCACCUGAACUUCCACUUCCAAAUCAGGGACGUGCCCACGCGCCUGCUCAACCUGCAGUACGCCGUGUACAUCAUCUCGCUCGGCAUCCAGAUCGGCUUCAUCCGGGAGCUGCCGGGCAACGCCGCGUACGCCGCGCGCUGGCACGACUUCCAGCCGGAGCUGGAGCGCGUGUGCGGUAGGCGCAUGCGCAACGACAGCCUGCGCAAGCGCGUCAAGUACACGGCCAUGGCGCUGUGCUUCGGCUGGCCGCUGGCCAUCGUGGUGCUGGUCACGCUGUCGAGCAAGUACAGCCCCAUCACUUUCGGCGAGAUCCUGUUCCAGGCCUACGUGACCACCGUGUUCACGCUCGCCUCCACCAGCUGGCGCAUGCACUGCGCCUUCCUGCGCAACGCCUGCAGCAUGCUGGGCGACGCCCUGGACGAGGCGCUGCUGCGCGAGGACCUGGACAGGAAGGAGGUGAUGCGGCUGGAGCGGACCUGGCUCAAGCUGUACUACAUGGUGAACGCGGGCCUGCGCAGCAUCACAACGACCACGUUCCUCGACAUCGUGAUCCUCGUCCUCAACUACACGAUCGUCAGCUUCAACGUGCUGUACGUCAUCUUCAACGGCUUCACCAUCCUGGGCGUGUUUCUGAUCUUUGCGGGCCUCCUCGGCCUCGUCACGCUCACCAGGAUCUGCGACCAGGCACAUCGCAUCAACGAGGAGCUCGGCGGCAGGCCGCGGCAGGCCCUGGCCACGAUUCGGACCUACGGCCGCCACCGGGACACCGUCGGAGAGCUGGAUAUGUUUCGACUCAUCCUCCGGACACAUCCGGCAAGAGUCGUUCUGCUGGGCUUCCUACCGAUCAACAGGGCUGUUUUAGGAACGCUCUUGGUGACGAUGACUACGUAUCUCAUCGUCCUAAUCCAGUUAGCAGUCGAUGCAUAAACAAAUAUGAACAGACAAUAGGUAAUUCAGAUAGAAAUUAUUGGUAGAAAAUUAUCACAAUUUACUUGUAAACAGAGAACAAAUUACAG